CUGACUUAAAACGCAUUACCCUACACUCAAAUAAAAUAUGUUCUUUAUUUACAGAUAUCGUCAAAUUGAUCCAGAAGAGUCUUGAUGAAAAGAAAAAAGCUGAAAUUACAUGUAAUGUCACAUAUGAGACAAAAUGCUUCCGAGCAAUUGUGUAUGGUAUAAACAACGUCACCUUCAAAGACGCUCAAUCAAUCUGCAAAUCAAUGAACUACGGAAAACCCGCGAACAUUUACGACCUCGCGCACUACCAGUUACUUCGCACGUAUUUUCGCUCACUGAUCCCUGCAGUUUGGGCAAGGAUUGACAUUUGGACUGGGAUGGAGUAUAAGAACAAUCAGCUUUUGCUGUCAAGUGGAGAUCCAAUCACCAUGGCAACUGAAGUGUGGUAUCCUGGUUAUCCGAGAUUCGAUGCAUCGUUCACAAAUGUUGCUGUCGGUGUCAAUGAAGCUCCAGAGUAUGAAGAUCAGGGAAUGUACAAUCAUCUACCAUCCUGGUCACUCCACGGUGUCAUCUGUGAAAUAUAAAACCAGUUAAAAACUUGACAGAACUUCGCUGACUGACUGAUAUAAACGACAAAGAGUUCUCACUUUUUGUUACUUACUUCUAUAUCACUUUAUUAUUAUUAACCGUAUAAUCCAUGUCUUGAAUUGGUCCCCUAGUCUAUUGGAACUUUUUGCUCAGAAAAUAAAAUUCAUAGCUGUCUUACUCCAUGUGAUUUCUGUAUAUAACCAAACAAGAUAAUAGAUAUUGAC